UUAGCAGGUCUGACCCCAGCAUUUGGUGGAGGUGCUCUGACCGAGGGACGCUUGACUCUACUCCCCGGCACGGUGAACUUGAAAAUCGAAAUCUGGAUUGUCCACACCUGGACUGGAUGAAUGCAGAUUUAUAGACGAAGGGUUGAAGACGAGGACUACCUGAUCAACUACGCACAUGGGACACACGCACGGUCAGCAGCUCGCGCCCACAGCAAUGCCCCAGACGCACUCCCAGCAGCAGAGGCAGCAGCAGCAGCAGCAGAGGCAGACGCAGCAGCAGAGGCAGACGCAGCAGAGCGGGGCGGCCAGGGCGGCGGAGCUCACCGCGGCUCACAGGACGGAGCGACGGGGCAGGGAGCCGGGCAUGCUGGGAACGGCUGCAGCAGCCCCAGCGGCCACAACCACAGGUCCAACCGACUGGCCAUGCUCUCCAGGUCUUUGAUCCUGUGCCACUCCAAGACCAGCGACGACUUUCCCGAGCCGGAGGAGAGGACCUGGGGUGCCGGGGACGGGGUCCCGGGCCCCGCGGGGCCUUGGGGCCCCGGGGGUGAUCCCGUCAUCCCGGGGCAGAUGGGGGGUCCGAGCUGGGCGAUGGACCUGGCUCAGGGGCCGCUGACAGUGAAGGGCCAGCCGUCCUCACCGGGGACCCAGCGAGGCACGGAGAGCCCCAACCAUCCGUACCCCCACUCUGAGGACCUCAAGGAGCACAAGCGGAGCCUCCGGAGGACAUUCAGCAUCAAAGAGAGCAGUAUAUGGAGGAUGUGUGUGGCCACGGGGCCCACAGACGAGGGCCGGGGCCCCCAUAUGUCUGAUAGCAGCAGCCUGACGCAGGACAAAGAGGCCUGUGUGGAGCGAGGCCACAACACAGUGGAGUUAUACAGAGGCUGCUACACCCAGAGGCCAGACAAGCUGGCACCUUUUAACGGACAGUGUCUGAACGGCCACACAAGGCCGGGGGGGGAGGGGCGCGGCCGGUCUGCCGCCGUCAACCUCAGCGGUCAAACAGAGGAAGCUCCGGCGGUGCCAGAGUCCCUCCGCGUCUCCUGUCUGACCAACGGACCUCCGUACCCGGCGUCUGUCUCCCCGUCCGACUCCUCCCGGGCAUCCAGCUACACCGACAGCGACUUUGUGUCGUCCAGCAGCCACCACCUAAAGUUGGCCAUCCCAGAGGUGAACGAGGAGAAAGUAUGGGAGACGGAGGAGACAGGGGAGCCGAAAGCUGUGGACGCGACAGACUGCAACCGGACACGUGCCAGCUCUACAAGCGUUCAUCCUUAUUGGAUCGGGGACCUGGAUGCCAUCAUCAUGAGGGCGCCGGAUCUCUACGGCGACCACCCGAACCCAAACGGUGGUUUCUACGGCAACAGGAAGUCUUUGUCUCAGCAGCUGGACGUCCCCCACGCCAACAUGCAGCCCGUGCACAGGGCCACUCGGUCCCUCAGUUCAGCCCUGUUGGUCCAGCACUCGUGCAGCAACGUCCAGGCAUUCUUCAUCUGCAACGUGGUUCUGAUGAAGGGCCAGGGCAAGGGCCUCGGCUUCAGCAUAGUGGGAGGACAGGACAGCAUGUAUGGACCGAUGGGGAUCUACGUGAAGACCAUCUUCCCUGGAGGAGCCGCAGCAGCCGAUGGGAGACUGCAGGAGGGCGAUGAGAUCCUGGAGCUGAACGGGGAGCCACUGCAGGGACUGACGCACGACGAGGCGCUACAGAGGUUCAAACAAAUCAAGAAGGGUCUGUUGACGCUGGCGGUGCGGACCAGCCUGCGUGUGGGGGCUCUGUGCGGCGGCGGCGGCGGCCAGGUGGCCCAGCUGUGCCGCUCUCGCUCCCUCAGCAGCUCCACCACGGGGAUGACCCGGGUCAGCGCCGACCUGGCCCACAGCUACAGCUACCUGAUGGGCGCCGCCGUGCCGGUGGCGGCGGAGGGCCCGCAGGCCAAGCCCCGGGACCGCGUGGUGAUGGAGAUGGUCCUGCAGAAAGAGGCCGGUGUGGGUCUGGGCAUCGGGCUGUGUUGCGUCCCCUCUGGAGAAGGCUGUUCUGGGAUCUACAUUCACACCCUCUCCCCUGGCUCCGUGGCUCACAUGGACGGCAGGCUCAGGUGUGGGGAUGAGAUCAUGGAGAUCAAUGACACAGUGGUGUACAGCAUGGCCCUGAACGAUGUGUACUCGGUCCUGAGCCAGUGCCCCCCCGGCCCGGUCCAGAUCAUCAUCAGCAGGCACCCAGACCCCAAGGUGUCAGAGUUGCAGCUGAACAACGCCAUCGCCCAAGCGGUGGUGAACACCAAGCUGAGGAGGGACAAGAGCCAGUGGAGUGUUGAUGGUGUACGAAGGCUGGAGUCCUGCCCCCACAUCCGCCACAAGGCACAGAAGACCAUGACCCGAUCCUGCAGCGACAGCACCAACAACCACCACCUCCUCCACCACCUCCACCACCUCCAUCACCCCAACAACAACAACCACCGGGGGGUCAACAUCACCCUUCAGAACCUGACGAACGCCUACCACAACCCGCCCACCCGAUUGCACAGCCUCGACACGCCAACGUCUGCGUCGGAGCCCUGGGCUGAGAACAGGCUCUCGGUGCCUUUGUACUGUGAUGAGGACUACAACGUGCCCUACAACCCUGCUGCUGCUGCUGCUGCUGCUGCCACCCACCCCGGACAGCAGGCCUUCAGUCUGUCAUUCAGGGCCAGCAAGUCCAAGAGCAGACAGCACGCCCUCCCCAGGCGGUACUGCCGGGCCCCGGAUGUGACCAGCGAGGAGGGCUACGCCGGGGACUCCAGCGGCUCCAGCAGGGGGUCCCCGGCCAAAGAGAAGGGGCCGGCUCUCUCGCCCGCCAACAGAUGCCAGGAAGGAGAACAAGAAACCGAACUCUCAGAGGGAAGUCGAAAAGCUCUCAAGCUCCAAGAAUCCACAACCCUCUCGCCCGACCAGCUGCAGAACUCUCCGUGCAGUCCAAACAGAGGUUAUUGCUUAGCCCAAUCCUGCUCCCGCCACAAGAGAGCAGCUCUACGAAGGCAGUAUCGCGUAGAGCAACACCUACAAGACAAGCUGUCGAGCGACCCCUGGGUUCGUCUUUCUGAAAGCUCCCCCGACGACCGACCACUCCGGCACCCCGCAGGCAGCAGAGUCGCGAUGGACCCCGGUGACCACGACUCGCUCCGACACGACACAAACGGCCCGGUCGCCAAGGAGGACCUCAACGGUUUGGCCACUGAGUCUCUGUCAGAGUCUGCUUCCAACCUGACCAUGCAACCAAAACCUGAGGACCCAACGGAGGCGAAGAAGGCCCCCCCGGUGGCCCCUAAGCCAACCUGGAUACGUCAGAGCCUGAGGAGUAUCCAGAGCAAGCAUUACCAGAGGGAGCUACCUAGAUCGACGGAACAGAAGCAAACGUUUGGACUCACCAGACCCUUUGCACAGAGUCAGAGAUCCACCACUUCGACGGCUAACCUGUCCUUCAAAGAGAAGAUCAACUCAUUCGAGACCUUCUCCAGUCCUGGGCCCAGAGAGAAUAUGGCCAACAGAAGGCCUCUGGCGCCAUCCGCCUCCUUACCCCUCAUGGUGAAAACUCCCAGGAGUGACCGUCGUGCCAAAGAAGAACAUAUACAUGAGCACAUUGAAAUCAAUAUGCCAUGUACAAUCAAUAGCCCUUCUUCAGAAGGAAGACCAGAUGACCAUGUGGUCAUCUCUUCCCCACCCUGCAGUCCCAAUUAUUCAGCCACCGGCCCCUCUCCUGGGGUGACCAAUCCCCAAACUGUGGAGCGUUUACCAAUAGUCUCCCUUGCCCCCAUCGACACCUCUGCAGCACCUGUCCAGGAGAGUGAGGAGAGUGAUGCUAAUCCAGCUGAAGGGACAGGUGGAGAUUCCCCUGUUGUUCUUGAUGAAGGUGAGAUGAGUACAACAUCACUCAGAAAGCAGCCAGAGGUGAUCCUGGGAGAAGUACAACAAAGUGGAUUGAUCAAGCCCAUUCGAGUCUCUCGGAUGAAACCGAGCCCAGGUACCUACAACACUCCGGAAGAAGACAGCCAGAAUGGGGAAGAGAAGAGGGAACACUUCCCAACCACUGAGCCAACCUUGGAAACAGAAAGCCAACCCCUGGAUGCCUUGCUGACCAUGGAGAAUACCCCUCUGAUGGACACUGAGCCAGAAGGCAUGGAGAGAAUCAUGGCUUUCAGUGAUCAGAUGUGCCAAGCGUUGAUGUAUUCUAUGUCAACAUCAGCAUGUGACGCUGGCCUGAGAAAACAUCGGCUGUCCUCAGAUCCUUCUAUCUCUGACAGUGACUGGGACUGUCUGGAAACAGAUUCACCUGCGACUGAAGAACUAGAGAGGGAUGACAAGGGCUUCUCAGUCAGCUUGGCCAAGCUGAGGGAGUGUACCAUUAAUGUAGGGGAGGGGGGAACGGCUGAGGAUGCCACAGAGAUGUCUGCUAGUGCUCGCUCAGUCAUUUCAGCCAUCCCCUCAGACAAGAUAAACAGCAUGAUCCAGGAAGUCAAAUCUCUCAGUGUGGAGAUGCUGAAGACCCUGGAGGAAAUCCACGUGGUGGUCCUGCACAAGGAAGAGGGGGCCGGGCUGGGCUUCAGCGUGGCUGGGGGCUCCGACCACGAGAACAAGGCCGCUACAGUCCACAAGGUGUUCCCCGACGGCCUGGCUGCCCAGGAGGGCACCAUCGUGAAGGGGGACGAGGUGCUGUCCGUGAACGGGCAGUCCCUCCACAACGCCGCCCACGCCGAGGUCACUGCCGCCGUGCGCCUCGCCCGCACCAUGAGGGUGGCCGUGGUGGUGGUCCGGAGGAGGGGGGAGGCCGACGCGGUGGACAGGGAGGGCACGGAGGCAUGGCAGGGCAGCUGCAAGGGGGAGCAAGACCUCGGCUCCUUAGGUCCUCCAGUGCACGUCACCAUAGACAAGUCUGCCGGCGGGGUGGGCUUCACCCUGGAAGGAGGGAAAGGCUCCCUCAACGGAGACAGGCCGCUGCUCAUUAACCGGAUCUAUGCGGGCGGUGUAGCUGAGGAGAGCGGCCUGCAGUGUGGAGACGAGCUUCUGGAGGUCCAAGGAACGAAUCUCCAGGACAUGACGCGCUUCGAGGCCUGGAACAUCAUCAAGGCCCUGCCUCAAGAACCCAUCACAGCUGUGAUCAGACGGAGGGCCGACGCCGAAUGACCAGCGACAAGAUCCUUUUACUGCACAUCGAGCGAGCUUCAAAUGGAACAUGGGAGCAGGGGGGACAAAUGUUGCACUUGUUUUCCCAUGACUUCUUGCCUCGAUAACAAACCAAAGAUCGAAGCCAUCGGGGUCACACGGUACUCCAGACAGGGCAGCGGAGGAGUGAGCUGCACUGCUGGUUGAUUUAGAUGGUUCAGCUUUUCUUCUGCCACACCAGCGACGCUUUCGGGUACCUUGUUAGCGCUAGUUUCUAUUUCAGUGAGUUUGCAAUUGCAUAAAGCUCAAAACAUCAAGAAUUUUUUUUUU